UUAUAGCACUUGGACAAUUCCCAGACACGCCUUCUAGUUAAAACGCUGCGUUUUGCCAUCCCUUCGAAUCUUUGACGCUGUGACGAAAGCGGAGAUUAAAAAAUAAAAAAAAACUAGAAGCUUAGAGAGGUCGGAGACACCCCGUUCGACCUUCGAGUGUGUGGACUGGAGCCCUAACGCCAGCCGCCGCCUUGCACUGCCGGACCUCACAGACUCCAGGAUUCCCCUGCUUCGCCGGGGCGACGACGACUAGAGGAGUCGCAGACUUGUUGGAGGAAUAUCCUUGCUUUUUCAGUUCGCACACUUGUACGACUGGACUUGUUUGAUGGUCAGGAUGCAUCUCUCUCUCCCCCUGACACAAACAUGCAGGUGGGAAAAGAAUGUUUCUCUCUCGCGCAAGGUAGCUUGCUCUGGCAUGCAGUAAAUUGUCUCUACUAGUAAUAUUGAACAAUGAGUUGGAAACACAAUACUUAAAGUAACAGCCUUGUUUUCAAGUUUGCACUGGAAGUUUAUGUUCUGCUGUCAGUUUGAAAGUCCCUGCAUCUCUCUUGCUCUUGGCUGAAUCUUUAGUGCGGCUGUGCUGAGAGCGUAGCCCAGCAUGAUGAUCUGGCGACCCCACUCAUCACUUAACUGCUCUCCCUUGUUCUUCAAGACCGCCAUGCAUCUUCUUCCCUCUCUCUCCCCACGACCAUUCAUCUCCACCCUUCCUCCAUCCCUUCCCUCCUCCUUCCUCCCUAAAAUUCUAACCCUCCCUCACCCUCCACCCCAAUCCUUGUCGUUCUCCUCCUCUUUCUUUCCCUUACAUUCCUUAAGAACUCAUGGCUUCGUCCCCAGUUGCGGCCUUGCUGCCGUUGUCCGCUGCAUUUCCUCUAUUUCUUCAGCCCAUACCUUGGAGUGGAACGAACCCCCGGUUCCCUGCUCAGAGGUCAGCAAUGGCGAUCAUGGGAUUGCUGAAGAAGAAGAUACAAGGCUCCCCAUUUCAGUUAGAGCCUACUUCUUUUCCACUAGUGUGGAUUUGAGGAGCUUAGUGGAUCAAAACAAGCACAAUUUCAUCCCCCCAACAUCUCGUAUGACUAAUUAUGUUGUUUUUAGGUUCGGGACAAUUGCAUCUGAACACAGUGCAAAAGGAACGCCAUGGUAUACUGUCUCAAAUGUUGAGCAAGGUUUGGGUGCUAGCUUAAGUGGAAGUGACUGUUGUUACAUGGUAGUUUUCCAAUAUGGUUCGAUAGUCCUGUUUAAUGUUCAUGACAAUGAGGUUGAUGCAUAUCUGAAAAUUGUUGAAAAACAUGCAUCGGGGUCGCUUCCUGAAAUGAGAAAGGAUGAGUAUGAAGUGAGAGAGAAGCCAACUUUAAACACGUGGAUGCAAGGUGGAUUGGAUUAUAUAAUGUUGCAAUACUUGAACAUUGAUGGCAUUCGAACCAUUGGUAGUGUUCUUGGCCAAAGUAUUGCUCUAGAUUACUAUGUACGGCAGGUUGAUGGAAUGGUUGCAGAAUUUACUGACAUAAAUCGUGGGAUGGAGAAAACUGGAACGUUUACCAUGGAAAGGAAAAAAUUAUUUCAGUUGGUGGGAAAAGCAAAUUCUAAUCUUGCCGAUGUGAUUCUUAAGUUGGGACUGUUUGAGAGAUCAGACAUUGCCUGGAAGGACGCAAAGUAUGCCCAAAUAUGGGAGUAUCUGCGUGAUGAGUUUGAGCUAACUCAGAGAUUCGCAAGUCUUGAUUUUAAGUUGAAGUUUGUUGAGCACAACAUCCGUUUUCUACAAGAAAUUAUGCAGAAUAGGAAAUCAGAUUUCCUGGAAUGGCUCAUUAUUGUGUUGAUUGGUGCAGAAAUUCUCAUCUCUGUUUAUGAUAUUGCUCACAAGUCAGCAAUUACCUCAUUGUAACAUUACUCUCUGAUUAGUUUGUACUGCUAGGUUGGAACCAAUCACUCUCGGGCAUAUUUUUUUUGAUCUGUACAUAUCUAUAGGAAUUUUGUCAUCAUAUAAGUUAUACCAUUAUAACAGCAUCUUUGAAAGCCCGCUAAA